AGCAACGCUUCACCGGCAGCACUCGGCGCCUUGCAGUUGAUCCUCUCGCUUUCUCUUCUUUCUCCUCUUUCUCUCUCUUCUGUUUUAAACUUGCUACGAUCUCUUUUCUUCUUCUGGAGGAGAGACGCUAAGAAGCGCUGUGCCUCUGUCACCCCAGCUCUGAUUGGAAUAGAGCCAGCAGCAGUAAAACAGAAAAGACCCCCCCCCCACCCCACACACACACAAAAAGAAGAGAUCCUGACUUGUUUAAGCAAUGAGAAACUCUGCUUUCCUGCUGUGCAUUGGAAUUGCAUGUUGCAUUGCAGCGAGGGACCCCGCAUCGGUUGCAAAGGAAGAACUGCUGAAAGAUGACACUGUUGCUGAGCUGCUGAAGAAAGAAAAAAAACUUGCACAGGCUCAGAAGCUACAAGUGAAGUUUAAUCUUCGCUCCUCCACACUUCCAAGGGAUGAAGGCUGCUUUCUCUCCGUAGGCCAAGACAAAUGUUUAGAGGACUGCAAAUUCAAUUUGACAGCUAAAACCUUCUUUAUUAUUCAUGGAUGGACAAUGAGUGGCAUGUUUGAAAACUGGCUGGAAAGCCUGGUGUCUGCACUUCAGGAGAGAGAGAAGGAUGCUAACGUGGUGGUGGUGGACUGGCUUGGACUUGCCCAUCAGCUCUAUACUGAUGCUGUGAACAACACAAAGGUGGUUGGACAGGCCGUUGCAAGGGUGCUCAACUGGUUACAGGAAAAGCAGAACCUCCUGCUUAAGAAUGUCCACUUAAUUGGGUACAGUCUUGGUGCUCAUGUUGCUGGAUAUGCUGGUAACUACGUACACGGAACAAUAGGCAGAAUUACAGGCUUGGAUCCAGCAGGCCCUAUGUUUGAAGGAGUGGAUCCUCACAGACGUCUCUCCCCUGAUGAUGCAGACUUUGUGGACGUUCUUCAUACAUUUACGAAGGAAACACUGGGUCUCAGCAUUGGGAUCCAGAUGCCUGUGGGUCACAUUGACGUCUAUCCCAACGGGGGAGAUUUCCAGCCUGGUUGUGGAUUAAGUGAUGUUUUGGGAGCAAUCGCAUAUGGGAAUAUUGGGGAUGUCGUUAGAUGUGAACAUGAGCGAGCUGUACACCUCUUCGUGGACUCCCUUGUGAACCAAGAUAAGCAGAGCUUCGCCUUUCAGUGCACUGACUCCAGCCGUUUCAAGAAGGGAAUCUGCCUGAGCUGCCGAAAGAACCGCUGCAACAGCAUUGGUUACAAUGCCAAGAAAAUGAGGAACAAAAGGAACAGCAAGAUGUACUUAAAAACCAGAGCUGAUAUGCCUUAUAGAGUUUACCAUUAUCAGAUGAAAAUGCAUAUCUUCAGCUACAAAAGCUUAGGAGAAACAGAACCCACCUUCUCAGUUACCCUUCAUGGUACCAAUGGCGAGUCUCAACCCCUCUCUCUGGAAAUACUUGAGCAAAUUGGCCUGAAUUCUACUAGCCCCUUCCUGGUUUAUACUGAAGAAGACAUUGGUGACCUCUUAAGGAUCAAGCUCACCUGGGAAGGAUCAUCUCAGUCUUGGUACAGUCUGUGGAGAGAGCUCAAAAGUUACUGGUUCCAGCCUGAUAAAUCUUCCAAGGAGCUGCAUAUCAGACGUAUACGUGUGAAGUCUGGGGAAACUCAACAGAAGUUAACUUUCUGUGCAGAGGAUCUUCAGCUGACCAACAUAUCUCCUGGUAAAGAUCUUUGGUUUGUGAAAUGUAGAGAUGGAUGGCCAACAAAAAACUGAACAAGCUCUUUCCUUAGAUCAGCUUUGAAUCUGCACUGAAGGUUUUUCUGAAGACUUGCACAAAAGGAUCUAACUAUCCAAAACAUAUGAGAAGACUACUGCAGAAAAUUACAUAGGCGGAGAGACAUUUAUGCAGUUUUUCUUAUACCACUUGCUAUUCAGGACAGAAAACUCUGUCUUGUUGAACUGAUGCAGGCAAUAUUUCUGGGGAGGACUGAUCCAUAUGCAUUCAGUUGCUGUCCUAGAAUGACUUAUUAAAAUUACUAAACUCGCCC